AUGCUCGAGAUCGCCUUUUGCCAACGUACUAUAAGAAGGAUUUCAUUGGGUCUCAACACCAACAGAGCUCGUGACUCUGAUGGAAUCCCACCGAUUGUUCUCAAGAAAUGUGCUUCCGAACUAAUACCUGUUCUCUGCAUGUUGUUCAACUACUAUUACAAAUUGGGGAUAUUUCCAUCCAACUGGCAAAUUGCGAAAGUACAACCAGUUGCUAAAAAAAGGCAAAAAGACCCUACCUAGCAACUACAGACCGAUCGCACUGCUAUCUAUUAUUUCAUAAUCAUGGAGAAAGCUAUCAACAUCGAGUUCAUGAAAUACCUGGAACAUUCAGGUAUUAUCAACGAUAGGCAAUAUGGCUUUCGUCAUCAGAGAUCAACUGGUGACCUGCUCGCUUACGUCUCACAUAUAUGGCAGCAUUCUAUUGAAAAAUAUGGUGAAACCUCAGCCGUGGCACCUGUUAUCUUCCGUCUUAUGGUUUGCCACUCCAGCUAUAUUUUCUGCUAGCUAGUUUUCUCUCAAACAGAUUUCUCU